CCCCUCCCUCUCUCUCUAUCGCUCACUGCUUUUCACGCAGACGCUUGGCUUCUCUCUCUACACACACUCACUCUCUCACUCGCUCUGUUUCUCUCUCUAGCCACCGCGAUCUCUUGUCUUUCUUGCUUGUCCUCGAAACAACCAGCGUCGUCGACGUCGUCGUCGCUUUCUCCGAAAACGCUUCACCAAAGCAGAUUCGGACAUUGUUUCGCUCGUAUCUGUUUCUGUCUUUGUGUCUCUGUAUCCGAGUGUUCACAACACGCACUCCACUGCUAAUUCCGACUGCAUUUUCGAUUCCCAAAAGCUUCGACAUCUGUGCUUCAUUUUCUAGGGUUCUGAUUUCUGUACUUCGUACCAAUGUAGCACUCUGCAUCGGGUUUUCGUGUUGAAAAUCUUUGGAAUAGGGUAAAUUCUUUAGAGAAGGGAGAUAUUUGCAGGUUGAGGUUUUUAUCUGGCUUAUAAGAAUUCGUAUUUAGGCAUUGGGUGAAAAUGGGGUUAGGCGCUGCUGUUAAGGUGGAGACUUGGGUUCUGAACGAAUCAAAGGAGGCGAAGAAGGAAGACGACGAUCGCGAGGACAGGGGUUGCUGGUUUAAGUUCAGAUUUUUUGAGAAAUGCAUCCCCACAAGGCCAAAACUGGAUGUCUCUGUACUUAACGCAAGCACGCUGGAUGUGGAGAGUAAGUCUACAAAUGAUACCUGCAGAGAUCAACCAGUUGCUCCAGUUAUAUCAUCUUCAACGACAAGCAAUACAGAAAGUAUUCCCUCCACUGCUAAUGUAGGCGAGGAACUAAAAAUUUCUUCUCAGCUUCGAAAGUUCACUUUCAGUGAGCUUAAGGCAGCAACAAGAAAUUUCAGAACUGAAAAUCUUCUUGGGGAGGGAGGAUUUGGUUGUGUUUUUAAAGGUUGGAUCAGUGAGAGUGGAACUACCCCAGUGAGACCUGGAAUGGGCCUCACAGUUGCAGUGAAAACCCUCAAUCAUGAUGGCCUUCAGGGUCACAAAGAAUGGCUUGCUGAAGUAAAUUUUCUUGGUGACCUCCUUCAUCCUAAUUUGGUUAAAUUGAUAGGGUAUUGCAUUGAGGAUGACCAAAGGUUGCUUGUAUAUGAGUUUAUGCCUCGGGGAAGCUUGGAGAACCACCUGUUCAGAAGGUCUCUGCCUCUUCCUUGGUCCAUCAGAAUUAAAAUUGCACUUGAUGCUGCAUAUGGUCUUACCUUUCUUCAUGAAGAAGCUGAAAGGCCAGUUAUAUAUCGUGACUUUAAAACCUCUAACAUCCUUUUAGAUGGGGAUUACAAUGCAAAGCUUUCUGAUUUUGGACUUGCCAAAGAUGGUCCAGAAGGGGAUAAGACACAUGUAUCUACUCGAGUAAUGGGAACUUAUGGUUAUGCAGCCCCGGAGUAUGUUAUGACAGGACAUCUAACAUCCAAGAGUGAUGUCUACAGCUUUGGGGUUGUAUUGCUUGAAAUUUUGACUGGCCGAAGAUCCAUGGACAAAAACAGACCAAGUGGGGAGCACAACUUGGUGGAGUGGGCAAGGCCAUUUCUUGGAGAUAGGAGAAGGUUUUAUCGACUAAUAGAUCCCCGCCUGGAAGGUUGCUUCUCAAUCAGAGGUGCUCAGAAGGCAGCUGCACUGGCCGCGCAUUGCCUUAGCCGUGAUCCAAAAGCCAGACCUCUAAUGAGUGAAGUUGUUGAAAUCCUAAAGCCCUUGCCCAAGCUCAAGGACAUGGCCUGUUCCUCCUCCUACUUCCAGGCUAUGCAGGCUGAUAGGGCUGGGAACUACCCGAAUGCUAGAAAUGGCACUAGACCACAGACGGGAGUAGUACCGAAGAAUGGCCAACCGACUCGGAGUCGCUCUGUACCCAACGGCUCAUAUGUCUCUCCAUGUCACCAUAACUAUCCUAACUGGUCACCAAAACCAGAACAUUGAGUUCAUUUAUUUCUCUCUCAAGGAACUAAACCAUUUUGCGGCUCUGAGAAAAAUUGUAUUUGGGUCUUGAAGUUGAUAGUAGUUCUUUUUUCAGAGCUGAGAGGUUGGUGGGUUUUGCCUCUUUGUGCAGUCUAUGUGAUGGAGGUAGGUGCUAGUGCAGAGAAUCUUGAAGCCACUCUAGCGUGGCUUGUGGUUUAAUUUGAACUCAAAACCUCUGGUGUACCUGCAUCUGUCCAUGAUUUAUAUUUCUUUUUUAACAGAAUAGAACUCUAAAUUGCAUGUUUCAUUGCUUUUAUUUUAGCCUGUCCAAUUUGAGCAAAUACAGAGUGUUUCAGGUGGCUUGUACUUUUUUUUCUGAAAAGUUA